GCCCCUCAUAACUUUUGAAAUUAAACCAGCACGACAGCUACGAGUACGAGGGCAACCACCCACUUUCUGGAUAAAGAUGGCAUCCGUUACCCAAAAACCAGAGGAGCCGCUGCUUGCUCUUAGAAGCACAGUCAAAACUGUAUCGACACUCCUCGACCAGCUUGAAACGGCAAUCAAAGGCUCGCCCGCGACCCAAAAGCCCCCCGCCAGCGAUGUCAACGCCUUAUUUCUAGCUCACGAUGCGGCCAAACUCAUUCGCGCUCAUUCGACGAAGCUAUCUUUGCUCAUAAUCAACACUCCUUUCACGCCUUCCGCCAUCGUCAAAGUCCUCCGUGAGCUGGCGGCCGGCCCGCUUCCCUCGCUCGGAACUGCUGUCGAAUUAUGCGGGGCACAUAUAUAUUCUGAUAUACUGCAAGGAGAGCUACAGUGGAGGGUACGCAAGGUUUUUAGCGAGUUUGGAGUGCUCCUCAAGGAGAUUCCGCUCGAUGGCAAGGUGUUGACGGAUGACCAAAAGAAUGGCACCGGGAAAACUGUGGGAAAGGGCAGCUUGGCGUCUACGGGCGUGUUAUGGCAGGCCUGUGAUGAUCUAGCGGAGCUGAAGAAUUUGGGCAUUGCGGGGGUGGUUGUGCGGAAGGCUGAGCAAUAUCGGGAUACUCUCAAAGACGCCAUCGAAGAACUACAGGAAUGGGGGGAUGAGAGCGGUGACGAGGACGAAGAUGAAGAUGAAGAUGCGAAUACAGAUGAUGAGGCUGACGAAGCUAUCCCCAAAUCUGCUCAAGACGAAAUCGACGACUUUUUUGGGUCCACGAUGCACAUCCCAAGCGAUGAUCCCAACAAGAUCCGCCCUCGUCUCGAGCUAUCGCUGCGGAGGCUGAAGCUGAUAGCAGUGAUGUUCAGCGCCGUCAUUAAGAGGCGAUUCCAGACGCUAUCCUCGUUGACCCUGUCCGAGCUAUCGACAGGAGACUAUCCUUUGGCGCAGGACAAACUAACCCUGCCGAAACCAGGUAGCGUUAUAGCACCAGCAUACCGUGUAGACGCCAGUGUGGAUAUCCUCCGAACCCUCACCGAGUUGGCCGACAACCUUGCCACUGCAUUUUAUGACCUCGACGCCGAGGCAAUUGACGAUGGGAUGGACGAGUGCUUUUCAACCAGUCUUAAAGUAACUGAGUUAUUGUCCCAAGACUGGGCUGGGAAAGAUGAUGCAUUCACCACUUGGGCCCAAACCUUUAAGACAGAGAUUAAGAAAUGAAGCACGGGUUGGAUACACUUAGACAGCGGCACCGUCGAGACAGCGGCGUAGCUAUUAUAUUUUGCAGAAAAGCAUACGUGUAUCUGCAAUUAUAGAUGAUGAUGAUAUCAUGGAAACUAUCAUCAGUUUAACUUCUAUCUCAACCUCAUGUUGCCCCAAGUGACCAUGCAUAGCUAGGAAUUGAUGGCUACAGCUCGAUGUUUGAGCGACUAGGCAGAGAGUUGCAGAGGGCCACUAUCUGAUCUGUACAGAUGAAUAUUGUAGGCGACACCCACAGAUACUGCUUAGUAUCGCAUCAGCAUCUACGCCGAACUCCACCGGAUGUUUAAAUCCUCAACGUGGCCCCUAUUUUUGGGGAAAACCCAAGUCUCUCCAAGCUAAUGCAGUGGAAGAUGCAAAUGCUCUGUGACAAAGCUGCACGAUCGGCCUUGAAGGCGAGGUGACGAGAAGCACCGGUGCUUGAAAGUUCCGAGGAAGCUGCGACUGAGUCUGCUUGGUAAUCGUUCUUUCCAUGUAGGGAUUGAAAGUUCUGAGGAAGUUGCGACUGGGCUUGCUUGGUAAAUCGUUCUUGCCAUGUUUAAGGUUAAAAGCUUCAAGCAAUCCACGACUGAGCUUGAUUGGUAAUCGUUCUUGCCAUGUUUAAGAUUGAAAAGCUUCGAGGAAGUUGCGACGGACCGGCGACGAGAACUUAAUCCCGUGUGAGAAUGCAGGGUUUCAAAUACAAACUGCUCCUAUCAGUCUCAGUCCGUGCUGUCAGCUAUAUGUGCCCUCCUCGUCUUGGCUGCCCAGAUACUUGGGGGGAUCUGUGCCACGGCGGUGGUGUCUGCCCUCUUCCUGGGACCCCUCAAUGUGGAAACAGGGCUGGGCGGAGGAGCAUCGAUAGUCCGCCUAAACAAUGAUCUUUGACGCAAGGUUGUCUGAGAUCUGCACUAUAUCGUGUGGCUCAAUGUUGAGCUUGCUCUUUUAGCCAUUGCUGUAUGUGUUGCGUGAUGCGAGAUUCGUGGCGAGGAUGCUUCGUGUGCCUCACUGGUCACAAUCGACCUACGAUUGAUUAUUCGAACAAGCGCAGCCUAGUUUUCAAACCAAGAUUAAUAAUGCUAUUGGUACAUAUUAUCUAAUAUACAAUCUAUUCAUUCCGUU